CAAUCAGAGCAGAGCAAUCAACUGAAAUUAACUGAAGGUGGAGACAGUUCUGCCACACUGAGCAGCCAGAGUUCGACAAACUGAAAAUUCUGGCCUCGAACAGAAAGCAUUUUUGGCAAAACCAUAAUACCUAUCAUUGAUCCGACUUCACUUUGAGCGUCCUGAGUUCUUCCUCAACGUCUGCAUUUUUUUUUUUUAAGAACAGUGAAAAAAUAGCUUUGUUAGAGCGAUUUAAAAAAACUCUUACAUCUCAUUUUUUCCGAAAUCUUCAUGCGUUUUUAAUAUGGGAGCCAAUGAGGCUGUUGUUGGGUGUUGGUGCCGCAUCUCUGCGUCUUACGCCCAAACUAUAACUCUGACAGCUUUACCAGAGGAUUAACAAACAGGUUGCACCAGGAAACCAGAAGAACGACUUCAGCCUGCGUCUCUACUUGUGUUUAACAUUUACAGCAUUCUCCUGCAGGACAGAGACAGACAGUUGAAGUCAUGGCUUAUGAACCAGGCCGAGGAGACAGCGUUCCUCCAUCAGGUGUUGUGGCCUUCACAGCCAAGCUGAGGGAGGAGGACAGCUACCCGUGCCACUCUGGCGUGCUGAAGUUCUGCUGUGUGCUGGUGAACGAGGGCAGAGGCUACAGUCCUGUCUCGGGGGUCUUCAGCUGCCCCGUGGACGGGUUCUACCUCUUCACGGUGCACGUGUCUACGUAUGGGUUGGGCCAGUGUGCGAUCGUGAAGAACGGGCAGCCGGUGGUGUCUCUGUACCACACCACGCUGCCGGAGAAGAGCAGCCAGAUGGCCAGUACGAGCUGCGUGGUGCGUCUGGCUGGAGGAGACGAGGUCUGGGUGGAUCUCUGGGGGCCCGGCAGGAACGAUAUCUUCGCCACCAAAGACAACGACACAGUUUUUACUGGAGUUCGUUUGGGUUGA